AUAUGUGUCGGGUGGCAAUGCUAUCGGUAAGUUUUCCUUGCAAGUUUUAGAAGAAAAUUAGAAGAGUUAUGAAGCGACAUCUACAAUUAACUAUAAAACAGCUAUCGGCUUCCUACGCGGAUGGAAGUAUUUCACCACGUUUGGUUGUGGACCAUGCCUUGGACGAUGCUGUGAAAUUAAAACAUUUAAAUGCUUUUAUACGAAUAUCACCUGAGAAUUCCUUGCACCAAGGCAAGGAGUCUGAACACCGCUAUGAAAACAAAAACCAACUUAGCGUUCUUGACGGUGUUCCUAUUGCCAUAAAGGAUAAUUUCUGCACCAAAAACUUAACCACCACUUGUGCUUCCGGUAUGCUCUCUAACUUCGUUCCACCUUAUAAUGCGACUGUUUGUGAACGGCUGGCAGCUUCUGGUACAGUAUUAGUUGGUAAAACAAAUAUGGACCAAUUUGCUAUGGGAUCUGGGACAGUAGAUUCAAUUUUUGGCCCUACAAAAAAUAUAUGGAGCAACGACUUAAGUGAUAACAAAUGGCAUAUAGCGGGUGGUAGCUCCGGUGGGUCCGCGACAGCAGUUGCGGCAGGCAUAUGUUAUGCCGCCAUAGGCUCCGAUACUGGCGGCUCCACACGCAAUCCCGCGUCAUACUGUGGAGUUGUUGGCUUGAAGCCCACGUAUGGUCUAGUAUCGCGACAUGGUCUCAUUCCAUUAGUAAACUCAAUGGAUGUACCCGGCAUUUUUACACGCAAUGUUAGCGAUUGCGUUGACAUACUAAAUGCGAUAGCUGGUCCUGAUGCUAAGGAUUCUACUACAAUUAGAAGACCAUUUAAAAAAAUUGAUAUACCGUUUUUUGAAGAUUUUGAUUUACGAAAUGUACGUGUUGGUAUACCGAAAGAAUAUCAUUGUGAGGGACUUACAAAGGAAGUGCUGGAAACAUGGAUGAAAGUUGCGGACCUUUUAGAAGAUAAUGGAGCACACGUAGAACAAGUUUCACUGCCAAACACUGCGGCAAGCAUUUUUGUAUACUCCAUAUUGAAUCAGUGUGAAGUUGCGAGUAAUAUGGCACGCUAUGAUGGUAUCGAGUAUGGACACCGCGCCGGAAAUGAAAGUAGCACUGAAGAGUUGUACGCCAAUACGCGAGCAGAGGGCUUUAAUACAGUUGUAAAAACGCGUAUUUUAACUGGAAAUUACUUUUUGCUGCGUAAGAAUUAUCAGAAAUAUUUUGAAAAAGCAUUACGUGUUCGCAGAUUGAUAGCGGAUGAUUUUAAAAGGGUAUUUGAAACACCGAAAAACAACGAAAAAAUAGUAGAUGUUCUGCUCACGCCAACAACAUUGUCAGAUGCACCGCUAUACAGCGACUUUAUAUCACAAAGUAACCGGGACCAAUGUGCUGUGCAAGACUUCUGCACACAACCUGCCAAUAUGGCAGGCAUACCAGCUAUUUCUAUACCAAUACGACUCUCGAAGCGUGGUCUACCAAUUGGCUUGCAAUUGAUGAGUCGCUCAUUAAAUGAAGAGAUGUUGUUACGUGUUGCUGGUUGGAUAGAGGCACAAGUGGAAUUUGAUUGUUUGGAGAACGAACAAAUUUAUGCAGCGCGCAGUUAAAAAAACAUAUACUUAUACCAAUAUUAAAAUAAAAUAGUUAUUGUUU